AUGGCUUUUGCAGAUUUUUUGCAAGGUGCUCGUAAUUUUUGUGCUGGUAAACCAACAUACACCGAAGAUGAAUAUCCCGAUCUAACGGGUAGAGUCUACAUUGUUACUGGUGGAUGCACUGGUAUUGGCUACUAUGUUUCUAAGUUCCUUCUGCUCAAGAAUGCCAAAGUAUGGAUAGCAGCUAGAAGUCAGGCCAAAAUUGAUAGUGGUAUUGCCCAAUUGAAAAAGGAAGUUCCUAAUGCCGACGUUGAUUUUAUUGUGGUCGACUUUGGAGACCUUGCUUCUAUUAAGCCUGGUGUCCAAAAAUUCCUCGAUUCUCCAGACCAAUUGAACGGUGUCGUUCACAAUGCGGGUGUCAUGACUCCUCCAGCUGGAUCGCUUUCAAAGCAAGGCUACGAACAACAAUUGGGAGUCAAUAAUAUUGGGCCCUUCCUCCUUCAAAAAUUUCUCGAUGACAAGUUGAUCGCGACCGCCAAGACAGCCCCCGCCAAUUCCGUACGUAUUCUCUGGGUUAGUAGUUCUGCUGCUGGUGGUAUGGCACCCAAAAAUGGUGGUAUCAAUUGGAAGGAUAUCAACUUCAAAAAAGGUGGGGCUGCUUGGACCAUCUAUGGUCAAUCAAAGGCCAUCAAUAUAUAUGAGGCUAUCUUGUGGGCCAAGAAGCACCUUGAUUCUGGCGUCGUAUCUUUGACUUGUGACCCUGGUAAUAUCCGCAGUGAGCUCCAAAGACACAUGACUGGUUUUCAGGGGUUCAUUGUUGACAAGAUCUUAUAUCCUACACCCUAUGGUGCCUACACAGAAUUAUUCGGAGUUCUUCAUCCUUCGUUUACCACUGAGGAUAGCGGUACCUUCAUUAUUCCUUUUGGUCACAGAGGUAGAGUAAGAGAAGAUAUCAAGGUUGCUGCCAACGGUGAAAAUGGUGAGAAGCUUUGGAAUUGGUUAGACGAACAAGUCAAGCCUUACGCUUAG